ACUGUACGUUUCCCUCAGGAUUUUGUGAAACUAUGGUCAGUGGACCUCACUUGGGGGCAUGCUCCCUUGUAAGAUAAUUUUGUUUAUUUUAAAGUUAAAUGUAUCAAACUGGUGCACUUUGAGAGCAAAAUUAAGAGUUUAGCUCUAUGAAGAACUUGCUCAAAACAAUUUUGUGCUUUAGUAAUUUAAGCAUAAACACACUGGUUGUAAUGCCACAGCAAAAAGGCCACACCUGCAAAUCAUGGUUAAGGAGUUUAACAGUUCAUAAACGGUUAAAAAAAAAUGACUAGAGCAUACAUUUCAGCCCUCAAAGGAAGGAAGCAGAAUUGGUUACCUGUGUUUAAUUGGUUUUUCAUUAUUUUAUUUAUUUUUUUUUUUAGAAAAUAUUGAAGAGAGCGCAUGCAGACUAAUUUCAAUUUAGGCAAAAAUAAACCUAUUUUGAACUUUGGUUAGAGCAUGUGCUUGUAUUUUGAAUGACAAAUACAUGCUACCAGAUGUGUUAGCAGCUUUUCUUACUCAAAUAAGCUAAACCUCUACAAAUUCAACAGCUCGUUGUUUUAAAGCAAGGAGAUGAGAGUCUGACACUCUGCUGUUAAUGUUCCCUAACUAAGCUAAAGUUUGAAUACUAAUUAUCAAUGCAAACUUCUGCAUUGAUGUUAUCUGUUUGCUGUCUUAAAUUGAUAACCAUGGUAUUGUGUUUGGACUUGUGGAUGACUGUAGUAGAUACUGUAAAGUUAAUGUUAUCAGUCUCAAAUCAAAUGGUGGUGUGUUCUGAAAAUGCUUCCGCCACCAUGGUCUAGGUAACUCAUGGAAAACACUGUAAUGAGCGUUGCCUCACGUUUUUAAUACAUUAUAAAAUUACCUGUCUGAUUACCUAUCUGUUUAAUAAUUGACAGUCUGCUGUCAUGCAAUCUGGGUCAAACCUUGCAAAUGACCUUCUAGCCCAUCAUAUGUGUAACAUUCUUCAUAAUCGAUAACCGACUUUAAUUUGGUGUGCCUUGAUUUUCUGGUUUGACCUUUGAUGUGCUUCAGCCCCAGCAAGCUUGAAAACCUCUGGUACAUAUGACAGUCAGUUAUGGUUGGGCAAGUUCCAGCAGUUUUAAAUGAAGAUGCAGCCUAGCCUAUAGCUAUGUUUUAAUGUCCAUCUUAAGCUUUUCAUUCUGCUCCUCGAAAAUAGCAUUGUGGGCCAAUUCAGGAUGCUGAUGGCCAAACAGUAUGUUGAUUUUUUUUUUUUUUUAAUUUACAUUUGUAAGCCUAUGUCUCUAAUGCCUGCUUUUUUUCCCCUCAAAUUUUUGGCCCCUCCUUUAAUUUUUGACCUUUUUUUUUGUUCAUGGAUUUUGUUUCAUUGCUACGCAGUUUUUGCAUUAGAGUAGAAUGUUAAUGCACAUUAACUAACAUGGUUGUGAUUUGACCAGUGAGAACACACGUAUGCUGCCACAUGAUCCUGAAAUGACAGGCCCACAGAGAGGGCUGGUAAAAAGACAGCAAAACAAAAUCUCUGUUCAUUAUGCCCUGACCAAUAAAGCGUUCCAAGGUUGUCAAGAUUAAAUCUUGACACCCCCCAAAAAAUGUAACUACAAUUUUCAGGACAUGACUAAGACUAAAAGUAAAUUUUAAAAUUCUUUAAAUUAAAAAUGAACACUACUACACUGAACUAAAACAACAUUAGCUCCCAAACACUUAUGGUAAAUAAAUAUUACUUGUACAAAUCCAAAAUAUUUUAUAUAAAACCCAUUUAGUGACAGAACUGACUUUAAAGUUGUGCAUUUUUGUAGCUUUCUGUUUAGAGACCAAAACACAAGGGACAGAUGUGUAUCAGAGAGGUCUGAUUCACAGCACAGCUUUGCCAUGUCAGACUUAAAGCCUUUUAUAAGAAACCUUUCCUUUGCCUAAAUUAUGAUAAAGCCUUGCCUGCAUUUUCCUAUAGUUACUAAAUUCAUCUCGGAGCUUGUCGGCUGUUUUGUGAAUCUUAAAGGGAUAGUUCGGGAUUUUUGACAUGAAUCUAUAUGGUAUCCCUGUCAGCAGUGUCGUGCAUCCACACUGACUUACCCCCGACAGUGUUCUGUGAGCCUAGAUAUUGUACAGUGUUGGUCAGUGCACAAGUAGUUCCGGCAGGUUUCCUGGGGUCUGCAAAGUAACACGUUUUUCUUCUCAAAACAGCUCGUGUUCGAAUGAGUGAUUUAUUAGCAUAACAAAACCCUUGUAGUCCAAAAAGUCACACCUUGUAAUUGCUUGGGGCUACUUUCUCUCAAUAGCGAUCAGUGCGCGCUACAGUCGCUAGUUGACAGGUAGUUAGGCUAUCUGUUUCAUUCACUUAGUUUCGUGCUUGGGAAGUUGACUGCAUCAUGUCUGACUACAGCAGCGACGACGAAGACAUUGAUUUCAGCACACAGCCAAGGGGGUAUCUUUAUGAACCCGAAUAUACGGAUGCUGAAAUUCAACAGAUGGAAGUAGAACGGGCAGAGAGAGAGAGAGAGAGAGAGAUGGUGAGCAGAGAGGUGGAAGGUGAAGCCGCAGCCGCGAGACCUCGAGUGACGGACAAUUGGUGGUGUACUUGUUUCAAGUGCGAAGUAAUGCAGACCGAGGUUGAAUGCUACUGUUGCCAUGAAUGGGACCUCGUUAUGCCACGGAUGCAAGACAUUUCGAUUGACGAGGAGGCCGACGCGUCAGCAUCUGUCUGCAUCCCCAACAAUAAGGAUUUACCUGCGCUCCUGACUGCGGGUGUCCUGGAGACAUUUUUCCACAUCCCGAAAAUCAACUGGAAGAAGCGCCCCAGACCAGCUGGACCCGAUGGCCAGUUGUCUGCAGAACAGUACAGGCUGGUCGCCUAUCGCAUUAUAAUGGAAUGGGCCCUGAAAGGAGAGAAGCUUGGUCCAGGCAACAGGAGAGCUCUUCCCUCUUGUGUGGUGGCGCUAAUAAGAAAAACAUAUCCAUCACCAAAUGGACAAUAUGUAGGGUUCAAAGAGUCAAAUGAUGCCAUGCAAUUGUUUUAGAUUUUAAAAGUACAAAACCUUUACUGUAAAUUUCUACUUUUUCACUUUUUUUUCAAAUUUCUACUUUUUGAAAGUGUCUUACAAAACAAUCCAUAUAAUUAGUCAAUAAAAAAAAUUUCUAUGA